CUGGGCUGCGCGGUCGACGCCUCCAGCUGCAGCGGCCGAGAGCCCCGCCGCGGCUCCGUCGCCGGAGAGACAGGGCCCCGCUGCCGUCGCCGCCCGGCCGGUGCCCGGCUGCCAGCCAGGGAGCCCUGAGUGCCCUCGGGAUUCUCCAGACGCCUCCACAGCCCUGUCCCUGCCUGGCCGACGUGGCACCAUCACUGGCUCCGGCACAAGGAAGGAGCCGCUGGACUCCCAGGGUUGGGCCAGGCAGGAGGAGGAGGCGCUAACAUCCAUCGCCGGCCUGGGCGUGGCCUGUGGGCAGCCCUGCACCGGGAUGCCCCUGCCCGAGCCCAGCGAGCAGGAAGGCGAGAGCGUGCGGGCCGGCCAGGAGCCUGCCCGAGAGCCCGGCAUGGAUGUCAUCCCUGCGGCCCCCAGGAUACCCAAGAAGUUCCCCAAGCUCGUCCUGCUCGCGGCCUCCAGCCACCGCAGACAUGGGCUGGGCUCCAGGCCCAAAGGCACACACUGUGUAAUGUCCCUGGAGAUGUCUGGCCCUGAUACCCUCGCUAGGACCCUCCAGGUCCUGCCAGCCGAGGAGCAGGAUGCCAUCCUGCCAAGUCCCCAGGCGCCUGAGCCAAAACGCAGCAGGCUGGAUGCAGCCCCCAAGCCCCUGGAGUUCCUGAGGACUCCGUUCGGGGGCCGCCUGCUGGUGCACGAGUCCUUCCUGUACAAGCAGGAGAAGGCCGUGGGGGACAAGGUGUACUGGAAGUGCCGGGAGCACACCGAGCUCGGCUGUCGGGGCCGUGCCAUCACCCGGGGCUCGCGGGUGACUGUGAUGCGGGGCCACUGCCACCCGCCUGAUGAGGAGGGCCUGGAGGUGCGGCGCCAAAGAGAGAAGCUGCCCAGCCCUGCCCUGCCAGAGGGCGUGGGGGGUCCCGGGGGCCAUGCAGAGGAGCCGCUGGAGGGUGUGGGCCCCUGGCUGUGCCCUGAGGAGCCGGCCCCUGGGCUGGGCAGGCCGGCCCCGGAGGAGGAGGACGAGGGGCUCCAGGCCCUGUCACUGCUGAGCUUGCCCCCCAAGAAGCGUCCGACACCAGAGACAGGUGAGGCACAGCCCCUGGAGUUCCUGAGGACCUGCUACGGGGGCAGCUUCCUGGUGCACGAGUCCUUCCUGUACAAGCGAGAGAAGGUCGUGGGGGACAAGGUGUACUGGACGUGCCGGGAGCACACGCUGCAUGCCUGCCGCAGCCGGGCCAUCACCCAGGGCCCGCGGGUGACCAUCAUGCGGGCCCACAGCCACCCGCCCGACGUGGAGGGCCUGGAAGCACGGCGGCAGCAGGAGAAGGCCAUGGAGUCGCUGCAGGCACAGCCAGGUGGCCCCGUGGACAAGCUGCUCCGAGGCGUGGACAGUCUCUUGUACCGCAGGGGGCCCGGCUCCCUGACGCUCACCAGGCCCAGGCCCAGGAAUCGCUCCAAGCCCAAAGAUCAGGGGCUCCGGGACAAGCCCCCAGCCCCGCAGGGACCCCAAGCCGAGGACCAGGACUCAGACAUGGGCGGCCCCGAGUUCCUGAAAACCCCCCUGGGGGGCAACUUCCUGGUGCACGACUCCUUCCUGUACAGGCGAGAGAAGGCAGCCGGCGACAAGGUGUAUUGGACAUGCCGGGACCAGGCCCGCAUGGGCUGCCGCAGCCGGGCCAUCACCCAGGGCCCACGGGUGACGGUGAUGCGGGGGCACAGCCACCCGCCCGACCUGGGCGGCCUGGAGAUCCUACGGCAGCGGGAGAAUCACCCUGGCCCAGCCCAGCGUGGGAGCUCAGAAAGCUGCCAGGGACACAGCAGCCCCCACUCAGCCUGCCCCGAGCCCCUCCAGAGAACCGCCUCGAGCUCCUGCCGGCGUGUCUGUGGGCGACGCCGCGCUGUUUCUUACAGCACGCUCAUCCCCAGACCGCUCUCGUCCCUGGGCGUCCUGCACGGAGCUCCAGGGUUUGCUGAUGGCGUCCCUCAUGGAGCCUCCAGCCUCACCCGCGUCCGCCUGGGUCCCGAGGACAUCGGCCCCUCCUCCCCACAGCCCGCGGGUCAAGUCCUUGCCCAGCCAGAUCUCCUGGCCCAUCCGGGGGUGAGCCAGGCCACAGGAGUAACCCCAGUCCCAGGGGUGAGCCAGGCCACGGGAGGGACCCCAGCCCCAGGGCGGGACCAGGCCCGCAUGGGCUGCCGCAGCCGGGCCAUCACCCAGGGCCCACGGGUGAUGGUGAUGCGGGGGCACAGCCACCCGCCCGACCUGGGCGGCCUGGAGGCCCUGCGGCAGCGGGAGCAGUUCCCCAGCCUGGCCCAGCGGGAAGGCCCAGGAGCCCUCCGGCCUCUGGAGUUCCUCAGGACCUCCCUCGGGGGCCGCUUCCUGGUGCAUGAGUCCUUCCUCUACAGGAAGGAGAAGGCGGCUGGGGACAAGGUGUACUGGAUGUGCCGGGACCAGGCCCGGCUGGGCUGCCGCAGCCGGGCCAUCACCCAGGGCCCACGGGUGACGGUGAUGCGGGGGCACUGCCACCCGCCUGACCUGGGCGGCCUGGAGGCCCUGCGGCAGCGGGAGCGGCUCCCUGGCCUGGCCCAGCAGGAAGGCCCAGAAAAGAUAAAACUUCUACCAAAAGUGCAACUGUGCUUCAAGACUUGUUCUCCAGAAAGCCAGCAGAUUUAUGGGAAAAUCACAAGUGUGAAAGUGGACAGCGAGUCGCAGUGACAACAAACCUCCUUCCCCACCAGAGCAGAGGCGCCGUGCGGAUUCCAGGUGUCAAGGACAUUUCAUGUCCACACAGGAACCAGCAUCUUCCAUCCAGUUAGAUUUUGCUCGACAAACGCUUCUUUCCACUCUCCCAAAGGUGCCGAGAGCCUUCACAUUCCUUCCAGAGGUCGCCCAGCAGGAAUGCUUCCCUGCUGUCCUCAGGCCCCAAGAACCAUGCUCGGGGUUGGCAACCUGCAGAGGCCUGUGACACGGGCAAGAGUUGUGGCUGCUGCUCCGGCCUGACAGUCAAAAGGUUUGACUGAGACACUGCCACCCAGGCCCAACAGCUCCCGUUUUCAGGGUGCAGGACUCUGCCACCCAGGCCUUUUCCACUGAGCCCUGCUCUGGCUCCAUAAAGUGAGACAGUCGCUGUGGGCACAUGUGCUGGAGUCCCUGCCUGUCACUCUGAGCUACGCUCUGUGGACAGGUGUCUCCAGGAUGAUGCCAGGUGGGCCUCUGUGGCCUUUGGCUGCCUGCUGCCGGGUGUGGCCACAGCCCCUCCCACCUCGCAGUGAGCAAGACCAGAUGCUUCUCACGUGCCCUGUCAUACUUUCUUUGCUUGGCCGGCCCCCAACUUAAACCCAACAUCCAUCGGCCCAUGGCAGGCGCAUCUCGUGUGGCUCCUGAAGUGGGAGCCCAGCCCGGGGUCCGCGGGAAACCGCAUGGCGUGGACACCCCAACUGUAGCCAGCAGCUCCCCAGCUGGUUGCCCACGUUCGUCCGAAGCGUGAGGAGAGGCAGGUCCGAAGGCACCAGGAACGCGUCCUGGUCUCCUGUAGGUGGCUCUGCAGAGGGAUAGGCUGGUGUCCCGAGAACUCUGGGGGCUCCUGCUCGCUAUCAAGGCCACGUCCUCCAUCUUGAGUCUCCUUGCUCCCUGCCCAUCCUUUGAUUGUGGGAGCACACGGCUGCAGGGCCCUUUUCCCUGGAGACCCAGCCUGCGUCCAGCUGUGAGCUUCACCGCUCGCGACCCGUGCUGUUGCUCUGCUUACACCUUUCCCCCAAUAAACCCUGUUGUAUUAAAUCUCACCGUCGCUA